AACAACGAUAACCUAUCCAUCAAUGACAAAAACUUAACCCUUCUACUAAACUCAAUGGACAAUAUAAUCGACAUCCUAGAACUCCCCUCUCUAACAAACGCCUGUGUCAAAUCAGGCUACUACUCAGAAUCUCUACAAAUCAACUCCUACAUUAAACAACUAUCCACAAAAUACCAAAACAUCCCCCUAAUAUCCUCAAUCUCAAUCGAAAUCAAUAAAGAAAUCUCAUACAUGCUCUCUGCCCUAAUUCGUCUCCUAAGAUCUGACCUAAAACAGUCGACCACCAUAAAAGUCCUAUCCUACAUUCGAAAAAUACUGCCCUUCAACGACUCAAUCUCCCUAAACAAAAAUCUAAAAAGAAUCUACCUACACUCAAGAUACUUGUUUAUUAUAAACGAACUAUCUGUCUUAAAUCCUUUGAAAUCUCACUCAACUGAAAAAUUCAUCAAAAGAUCAAUAGAAGUCAUCAGAGAAUACUGCUUCUCUUCAAUAAUCACUUUCCAAACCAUUUUUCCAUCCAACAACCAACAACCAGAUAAAAUCGAUAACACUCAAUUACUAUACGGUUUCAUUAAAAAUAUCAUCAUCCAUCUAAUCCUCAUCCUAAGAGAAAACUUUCCCAAAAUUAUUGAUAUUCAAAUUAGAGACUCACUAUUACUACAAAUUGUUUACUGUUCUCAAAGUUUAGGUAGAAUUGGUGGCGAAUUUAGUUCAUUACUUUUAAAUUUCCUAAAUAAAAAUAAAUCAGGUAUAAUUACUGAUUCAGAAUGGUGUAAAGUUCUUAAAAAACAAAAAUCUCUAAUUAAAAAUUUUAAAUAA